UUUGUUGUUUAAAUGUUGUAAGUUACGAAGUUGAGAGUUGUUGUCUUGAAAAAAAAAACAGUUCAGUAAGCAAGAGAGAAGCAUAGCCAGGACAUGGCAACAGCAACACAGACCAAAGAGAAGACUGGAUCAUGGUCAUCAAUCUUUCGAAAUGAACAAAUUAGUCAGACGCAGUCAGCUUUAUUUGUGAAGAAGCUACUAGCUGUGUCUAUUUCCAAUGUGGCCUAUUUGAGAGCAAUAUUUCCUGAACAUGCAUUUGGAGAUAGUUGUUUGGAAGAUUUAAAUCUGAAGUUAUUAGUAGAUAACAGUUCUUGUCCUGGAGCCUGUAAAGUUAUCCAAUGGGUUAAAGGCUGUUUUGAUGCACUUGAUAAGAAAUAUCUGCGAAUGCUGAUUAUUGGGAUAUAUGUGGAUCCUGAAGAUCCUGAUACUGUGAUAGAAUCAUAUACAUUCAAGUUUUCCUAUGCUGAUGAUGUUGGUAUAGAUAUUUAUAGGAAUGAUCAGAAGAUAUCUGGAGCUCACACUAUAGCAGAAACUAAGAAAGCUACCAUUCGAUUACUGCGAACUAUUGUAGUUCUCACACAAACACUGAAAUCUUUACCAGAUGAUGUUAUGAUGUCUAUGAAACUUCUAUAUUUUGAUGAUGUUACACCACCAGAUUAUGAACCACCAGGAUUUAAGGCAGCUGAUACAGAUACAUUUAUAUUUGAAGAGGAACCCAUGAAUAUAAAAGUAGGAGAUGUAUCAACACCAUUCCACAGUGUUAAAAUGAGAAUCAAAACUGAUAGAAAACAAUUUGAAACAAGGGAAGUGGAGG